AUGACGGACUUCCAUGCAAGGCAAGGCGUAGUGGCACCUCACCCCCACCCCCGCAGGCCCGAGACGCCGUCGCUUAUAAAUACGGGUUGCGAAGGAUCGGCCGUGCAGUUGUUACGAAGACUGGUUGUGGUGAGGGUGACAGAGACUAUGGGUGUCAGGAUGCUCUUCACGCUUGUGUUAGUGUCUGGUGUUAUUUGUGGGACAUGCGGGAAAAUCUUCUCAGAAAAAGGUGUUGAGGGCACGAACACCGACGAAGCCCAAGCCAUCAAUUUCCUCCGCCAGUACGACGUCGAAGCCUCAGUCAUGUGCAACCGUUUCAUGGAGGCCAGCUGGGACUUCAACACGAACGUCACGUCGGUUAAUCGUAGGAGAAUGCAAAUGGAGAAGGAAGUUAACGUUCACUGGGAUGAACUGGUUACAACCAGAAAUGAGCAGCUCCACCUCUUGCCUCUGCUCUUGUACCGCCUGGCAGUGUGCCUGGACGUCUUUACAGAGGCUUACAGUGCGCAUGCAGAUGCUCAUAAGCCAGACUCUCAGUUCCACAAGGAAAAGAUCUUUUUCAGACCUGCCAGAGGACCUGACCGUGCUUUUCCCUUCAAGUAUCAUCCAAAGCUUGGAGUGUUUUCACAGCGCUAAGUCUUGUGAAAUGGAAUUAUAAUAUAUAUAAUUUCUUUUUUGCUCUUUUUCACUAAGUUAAGAUAUUCCAUGUGGUUAAUAAAAAUAAAGUAUCAGACUUUU